AUGAACUCCAUCACAACAGGAGCUUCCACCAACUCUACAAUGGGAUCUGGAACAAAUGGAAUCUGGGAAGCGGACAACAUAGAAAUUUGGAUUUUCUGCAUCAGUCUCUUGUUUGGUCCUCCUACACACUCCUAUGUUAUAUGGCUCAUCGUCAAAGGAUCGGGACGUGGAGUUGCAUCAGAGUUCUUCCAGCUCAAUCUCUUUUGUUGUGAGAUUUGUAUCUGUGUGGAUUUUCUUUUCUAUAUAUUGUCAAAAUAUAUUUCAAGUCUCUUGCCAUUAGCAGUUUUAAUACAAGGAUGUGGGAUGACUGGUCGUCCUCUGUUUCAGUGUAUUAUGUGUGUUGAGCGUUACCUGGCAGUGGUUCAUCCUGUAACCUUUCUGAAGUUCAAACCUCUCAGAUAUAGAGUGAUCUGCGGCACUGUGGCCUGGAUAAUCACUCUUGGAUCCUGUUUGUGCUGCAUGAUCAUAUAUUUGUUAUUUACAGUGACUCUACAUGCAUGGUUCUUAUUGAUGCAGUUCCUCCUCUUCUUCUCCAUCCAGUUGUUUUGUCUUGUGGCUGUUCUCAGAGCUCUGAAGCAGUCAGGACCUGGAGAGAGAGGGAGGGAGAGAGAGGAGGAAAACCACAUGAAGAGAAGAGCGUUUUAUAUUAUUCUAAUAACUACUGUGAACAUAGUUUUCGCACAUUUGCCAAUUAUUAUCGCAGAAAUAUUUGUAAUUCUGAUGAACAGGUAUCACUGGACAUAUUGGGCUCCUGGUUUGGUUUGUUUUGUUCUGGCCAGUUAUGUUCAGCCUGUUCUUUAUCUGCACCGCACUGGAAAACUUUUCGGCUUCUGUUCCUCAUAA